AUGUCUGACGAAAUCGUCUGGCAGAUCAUCAACCAGCAGUUCUGUGCUUUCAAGCUCAAGACGACCAAGGGCAACAACUUCUGCAGAAAUGAGUACAACGUCAGCGGCUUCUGCAACAGGCAGAGCUGCCCCCUAGCCAACUCCCGUUAUGCGACCGUUAGAACCUCGCCCAAGGGCACAAUAUACCUUUACAUCAAGACCAUUGAGAGAGCCCACAUGCCCUCCAAAUGGUGGGAGAAGAUCAAGUUGUCCCAAAACUACGCCGAAGCCCUCCAGCAAAUAGAGGACCGCCUCCAAUACUUCCCCAAAUUCCUCCUCCACAAGUGCAAGCAGCGCCUCACCCGUCUCGUACAAGUCGCCACCCGCAUGCGCAAACUCGCCGCCGAGGAGGACCGUCUCGGCGAGAAGCUGGUGCCCAAGAUGGCGCCCAAGGUCAAGCACCGCGAAGAGGCCAGAGAGCGCAAGGCCCUCAUUGCCGCCAAGCUGGAGAGGACGAUCGAGAGAGAGCUGCUGGAGCGUCUCAGGCAAGGAAUGUACGGCGACCAGCCCCUCAACUGUUCCGAGUCUGUCUGGAAGAAGGUGCUGCACGGUCUCGAGAAGGAGGGCGAGGGUACCCGCGACAAGGACAUGGAUGAGGGUGUCGAGGACGAGGACGAGGAGGAAGAGGAGGAGGAAGAGCUCGAGGAGGAGAUCGAGGACGGCAAUGUCGAGUACGUGUCCGACUUCGAGGAGACCGACGACGAGCUCAACGAUAUCGAGGACUGGCUCGGCAGCGACGAUGAAGACGAUGCGGAGGACGACGAUGAUGAGGAUGAUGACGAUGACGAUGAGGGUGACAGCGAGGAGGAUACCAAGAAGAAGACUAAGGCUGGCGACAAGAGGAAGAGAGGAAAGGUCACCAAGAUGAAGGCGCGGAAAAAGAAGGAGAUCGAGGUGGAACACGAGACGGACAGGGAGAAGUUGCUUGCUUUCUAA